AUGGAUGUCCAUUACCGGGACACGCUGAUUGAACAGGAACUGAAAGGCAAGAUGGUCGCUUCUUUGGAGAUGGUACCUUUAGAUGAGAUGCAAGCAUCUCAGGAUGGACAAAUGUUUGAUAUUGGUGGUCAAAGUGGUGAAAGCACAUGGAACACAGGUUCAAAUAGGAAUAUAUUGGCUUUUGUAUAUGUACCAAUCAUGCAAAAAGAAUUGGAUAUCUUCAGAAAAAAUGUGUGGAAUACCCACCGUGGAGGAAUACAAAAAGAUAAAUGUCUUCCAGCAGGAGUACCUGAACACAUAUAUCACUUCCCGGAAAAGUAUGGUGGCAAACCCUGUGGAAGAACAGUUGGCUGA